UUAACGUCAGAUGCUGUGCGAUUCUUAGCAGAGUUGUUAUGCGGUUUUAUCCAGCAUUUAGCCGAUGUAAUCGUUACAUAUUAACUGUUAAACAUGGAGAUAUACAGCUGACAUACUGAAUGGCAGACAGCCUUUGAUAAUGUUAGCUAACGUUAGUUUGCUGCCUCGGGGAUGGUUGCUUACAACGACGCUAACGACUUUAUUUUAGACAUGUUAACAUUAAUGUCAACGUUUUUACAGGAUUAGCAUCACCACGUUGACUAAACAGCAGAUCUUCUCCGUCCUGUACCACUGACUGAACCAUAAACAGACAGGAUGCCUAAUGCCAAUGCACGACCGAAGCAUGGCAGGAGGACCCGACGGCGGCACAGGGAAGACCCUGCCAGAAACGAGCUGGUCUCCAGUUCCCUGGAAAGUGCUCAGCAGUGCCUGUUAAACCAAGAUUAUGGGACUGCAUUUGUGCACUACCUUCUUGUCCUCAACCUUGCACCUGUGUUUAAGGACUUUGCCAAGGAGUCAUUCAGGUUCACUCUUUUCAAGUGGACGGAAGAGCUGGACUCUGUGGGCCGCAUCCAGGACCUCUUUGACUGUUAUGAACAAGCGCUGGAGCUGUAUCCUGCUGAUGAGGUGAUCUUAAACAGCAUGGGUGAACACCUCUUCAGAAUGGGUUUCAGAGAUGAAGCAGCAGGUCAUUUCCACAAAGCCUUGAAGCUGAGGCCAGACUACCCAGAAGCCAGGGAGAAUUUCUACCGUGUGGCCAACUGGCUGGUGGAGCGCUGGCAUUUUUUAAUGCUCAACGACCACGGGAGGAACCAGAAGUACCAGCAAGCCAUCCAGAAAGCUGUUCAGAGUGGUUGCAACACUGUACUUGACAUAGGUACUGGCACUGGGAUCCUUGGUAUGUGCGCUAAGAAGGCAGGAGCAGAUGAGGUGUACGCCUGUGAACUGUCAAAGACCAUGUAUGAGCUGGCCUGUGAGGUGGUGACUGCUAAUGGAAUGGAGGGAAGUAUCAAGAUCCUCCAUAUGAAAUCUCUGGAGAUGGAAGUGCCAAAAGACAUCCCACAAAGGGUGUCCCUGGUGGUGACAGAGACGGUGGAUGCAGGACUAUUUGGGGAGGGCAUCAUCGAGAGUCUCAUUCAUGCCUGGCACCACCUCCUGCUGCCUCCACAGAAAGGUGAGAAUGAGUUCAAGGAGCAGUCAGCAACAGGACGGGUCAUCCCUGCUGGAGCCACAGUGUUUGGCAUGGCUGUUGAGUGCCUUGAGAUCCGCAGACAUCACCGGCUCUGUGUGUCAGAGGUUGGCGGUCUGUCCAUGUCUGCAGCCGGGGAGCUCCGCAGCCCAGUGAGCUGUAGCUCUGAGCCCGACGAGUCCAUGGAGCCGUACACCACAGAGAGACUCAGCAGACUGCCAGGAGGAUAUAAAGCUCUCACAGAGCCGUUCACUGCCCUCAACAUAGAUUUCAACAAUGUUCAGGAACUGGAGGGACUGAGCUCCAGGCCGGUUCAGCAGAUUCGCCUGCCUGUCACACAGGAGGGGGAGCUGGAUGCUCUGGCUGUUUGGUUUCAGCUCCACCUGGACGGGGAGAGCAGUCUGUCUACAGGACCGCAGGAGGACACCUGCUGGGAGCAAGCCAUCUACCCGGUCCAUAGCACCAAGGGUUUUCUCCUGAAACCUCAUGAUGAGCUGAUAGUUGAAGUCUCCUGCAGGGAUGCCUACCUCAGGCUAUGCAGCGUGGCCGUACUGAGAGAUGGGCACGAAAUCCGUCUAAACAAGCGCAUGGAUUCCCUGUGCCCUGAAAACCCUGUCCCAACCCAGAACCCAGAGGCAGAGCUGUGCAGUGCACUUGCCUGCCUUCAGACUGACCAGAACCAAACCAAAGACUUCUCCAUGCUGGAAUGUGCAGAGAUGGCGCUCCUGAACAAUCAGGAUUAUCAUCAGAGUUUUUGCACAGCGCUUGGGAAACUCCUCUCCAAGCUGAAGGUUCGAUACCAAGCCAGAGAGGGAGUAUCAGAUGUUCAGUCGGACUCUAGCGAUCUCCUGUACGUCCUCGAUGUGUCUGAGGGUUUCUCUCUGCUCUCCCUUAUCGCCGCCAGUCAUGGCCGAGUAAAAGCGUACAGCUCUAUGGAAAAGAACAAGCAACAGGAAGUCCUAAAGAGGCUGGCUCGCUCUAGUAGCAUCCCAGAACAGAAUUUAGAGUUCUGGCUCAACCACAUGGAGGAUGAACAGGGGAUGUUGAAGAGGCCGUCCAGGGAGAAACUAUGGAGCGCCAUCAUCCUGGACUGUGUGGAGACGUGCGGCCUCAUCAGACAGAAGCUGAUGGAAAAAGCUUCACUAGCCAGAUGUCUGCUGGAGGAAGGAGGUCAUAUUUUUCCAGAGAAGAUCGUGGUUCAUGGUAUGCUGGUGGAGUCAGACACGUUGCUGCUGGAAAGUGCAGUCCAGGGUCAGGAACCAACACUGGGAUUCAACAUUGCUCCCUUCAUCAACCAGUUCACUGUGCCGGUCCAUGUGUUUUUGGACUUUUCCACACUGGAGUGCAGACAUCUCAGUGAGUCUGUGGAGCUCUUUGUCCUUGAUCUGAUGGAUGUUAAUGCAAACUACACCAACAGAGAAGUAAAGGUCCAGGUUACGUCUGCAGGCAGAGUGACAGCAGUUCCCUUCUGGUACCACAUCUACCUGGAUGAAGAGAUCAGCGUCAGCACCCUCAACCACAACUCUCACUGGAAGCAGGCAGCCGCUGUGCUGCAGCAGCCACUGGAGGUACAAGCUGGAGACUGGGUCUGCCUCGCUGUGAAGCUACACAAAAGCACUAUCUCCAUAUCAGCCUGUGUAGAGAACUCCCCCAGACUGAUGGAGCAAUGAUCAACGUUUUUGUGUCGGCUGAUUUAAAGUUGAUGUUUUAUGCUGUCAGACAGAAGCCACAGAGAGAAAGGGAAAUGCAUUGAUAGAAAGCUUUUCUAUCAAAGGUUUGGUAUCAUUAACCAUGUUCAGUGCCAUUUUUUAAAUAAUUGUGAUACCAGUCAUUAAAUAUCUGACAACAAAUAAUGUAAUUUGGUGUUAAAGAAGACAUGGCUUACAAUUUAAAAGUUGCAGUUGGUAGCUGAUUAACCAUGAUCUAAGAAUAUCUGCAAAAUAUCAAAUGGUUAAAAUUUGUACUUCUAUUUAACCACAAAUGUUGUAUUUGUAAGUAUCAAAACUGUUACUUGAUAAAAGGUACUGUAGUUUUUGUACAGAAAUGUUUGUAAGUAUAAGAAAUAAACUGAUUUCAACAAUGAAA